AUGGCGAAUGGCUACGCCUCCAAGGACUCGCCCCUACCCGAGGCCAAGAUGCGGUUUUCAGAGCUGCGCCUGGCAGAGGAGGGCAAGCGGGCAAUGCGGGAGGCCUUCCAGUAUGAGUUCCUGACGGAGAUCCAGCAGAAGACCUUCGAAUCCAUCCGCAGUGGUGCCGAGGUCGUGGCGAGGGCGAAAACAGGUUCCGGAAAAACACUGAGCUUCCUACUCCCUUGCUUGGACAGGCUGCACGAAGAGCGGGCAGCUCCAGGCGAGAUUGCUGUUCUGGUUCUCACGCCGGUGCGUGAACUGUCCAUGCAGGUUGCGGCCGAAGCGGAGAAGCUGGCAAAGUACUACAGCAGCAGUAGUAUGGUUUGCAUGACCGGCGGUGUACCGUGGGAGGAGGAUUUGGAAGCUUUGAAUGCAGCAUCGGGCGCAGUGACCCUGGUGGCCACUCCAGGCCGGCUGCAGAGCCAUGCGACGAAAACCGAUGGCUUUGCCGAUCGGCUAGGCAAGGUGCAGAUCCUGGUGUUGGACGAAGUGGAUCAGCUGGCAAGCGAUGUAUUUCGGCAAGCGACGCUGGACAUCGUGAAAGUGCUGCCUCCGGCAAGCCAGCGCCAAAGCCUGUUCUACUCCGCCACAAUCGGCGACGCUGUUACGAAGUUGGUCAGCCAAAUUGGCAAACCGGAGCAUAUUUACGUGGAUGUCAUACGAUCUGAUGAUGUGCUGGUGCCCGAGCACAUCCGCCAGACGUAUGCCGUCUUGCCGACGGAGCGCAUGACGGAAUGCCUGUGGGCAUCCCUCACCAUUGCAGCCGCAGAGGAGGAAGCGAAAGUCGUCGUGAUCUUCAUGACGGGCCGUAUAGCUGCCUACUACGCCGAAGCUUUUCGGAAGUCAGGCACCGAUCUGCCCGUCUUCGAGAUCCAUGCGCGAAGAAGCCAGAAGCAGAGGACAGAUGAGUCAGAGCGUUAUCGCGCAGCAACCCGUGGGGUGCUUUUCACAAGCGACGUGUCCUCUCGCGGUUUGGACUAUCCAGGGGUCACGCACGUGAUUCAGAUGGGGGCAGCCCACUCUAAAGCAGAAUAUGUUCACCGCCUUGGGCGCACCGGGCGCGCCGGCCGCGAGGGUCAGGGGUUGCUCCUACUGCACGAGUUCGAGCAAGGCUUCCUGGCAGAGGUUUCAGACCUCGGGAUUGCCGAGGUGCCCCCACCAACCGCCGUGGGGGAAAUGCCAGACUUCAUCGGCAUGCCUAUCGCCAAGAACGUCAAGGCCCAGGCCUACUACUCGCGGAUCAACCACGUGAUGCGCAACUCGAGCCUUGGCAAGCUGGAAAUCAUGCGCGAGGCCAAGAGAUUUGCAGCAUCGGUCGGGGCACUCGAUGAGGAGGGCCGCCCGCCGGAAAUCACACGCGAGAAUGCCGAGAAGAUGGGCGUAGCCGACAUCGAGGACCCCUGCGUCUACAUCGUUCCAUCGCCGACGAAGUAG